AUGGAUUUUCGACGAAUUGAAGGCGGGGCAGGGCGCAAGAGUGGCCGUUGCAAUAGAGGACGUCGUAAGAAACAGCGUUCUGGAGCCGGUUCGAACUCAUCGAUCUCACAAUCCCAACCGAAGCCUAACCCAAGUCGUGAUUGGUGUGUGGUUACCGGAGAGCAGUUACAGGAUUAUGAUCAAAUUGAGUGGGAUAUACUGCUCAGACAUAAAUAUAUAGUAUUUGCCAGGACAAAUCCCGAACAGAAAUUACUGAUAGUGCAAGAAGUGCAACGACGUGGUGAAACUGUAGCGGUCACUGGAGGGGGAGUUAACGAUGCUCCAGCGCUUGCUCACGCUAACGUGGGCAUUGCUAUGGGGUUGUGCGGUAGUGACAUUGCAAGACAAACUGCUGAUAUUGUGCUAUUGGAUGACAAUUUUGCAUCAAUUGUAAUGGGUAUCGAAGAGGGUCGACUGCUAUUCGAUAACCUGAGGUUAUCCCUGGCCUACACUUUUGCACAUCUCUGGCCUGAAAUUUUCCCAAUAAUGCUCACGUUCAUCCUUGGACUCCCGUUAGGACUAUCACCAAUGCAGAUCCUCUCCAUUGAUCUUGCCUCGGAAAUGCCACCAGCAGUUUCGUUAGCCUACGAACAACCUGAGCAGGAUAUCAUGUUAACUCGUCCACGAAGUGGAAAAACUCGUUUAUUAUCGAAAGGACUACUAGUCUAUGCAUAUUUAUUCGCGGGUACUGGAAUCACCAUAGGUUGUAUCGCAGCAUAUUUGAGUGUCUACUGGUAUCACAAUAUCACGUUCAACGAUUUGCUGUUCACAGCUGAGCAUCACUGGAAAAUUGGCGCGGCAAAUUUCACCACCAGUGAUGGAGUGGUUUAUGAUGAAAACCAACAGCUAUUCAUAAAAGGACAGGCUGCUGCAGCUUGGCAGAUUGUUCUUGUGAUGUCACAGGUAUUUCAUCUAUAUAACUGCGCCACAAGACGAAUUUCUGUCUUCAGACAUGGUAUCACCAACGUAGUAUCGAUAUUUGCUGUGAUUAUUGAGAUUCUCCUUCUGGUCAUGUUCGUCUACACUCCUGUAAGUCAAUACUUUAUGGACACUCAUGCUCCGCCCCCACAUGUAUGGGCGAUCGCUCCACUUGUUGGUCUGUACAUUUUGGCCUAUAAUGAAGCUCGUAAAUACCUCAUUAGGAAUUAUCCAAAGAGUAAACUUAUCAAACUUGUGAAAUGGUAG